CUGUACUCCAGACUGAAGAGAACCUCCAUCCCUGCAGCCCUCUUCCUGCCUAUAAUAGGUCACUGAGAAAGUCUUCUUACACUCUCACCGCACUCUCUUGGCACUCUACAAUGUGACACUCUGCACGCCACAAUCCUACUGCAAACACAAUGACCAAUACUUAUUGUUACAAUACUUAGGAUAUGAAAAAUGAUGUCUCUCCACAUUGCAGUCCCCUGCAACCAUGUAAUCCUGCAAUCCCGGACUAUCUGAACACUGCAACCCUGAGAGAGGAGCUCUUUAAUCCAGCAAUCCUGGAAUAUCUGAACACUGCAACCCUGAGAGAGGAGCUCUUUAAUCCAGCAAUCCCGGAAUAUCUGAACACUGCAACCCUGAGAGAGGAGCUCUGUAAUCCAGCAAUCCCAGACUACCUGAACACUGCAACCCUGAGAGAGGAGCUCUGUAAUCCAACAAUCCCGGUAUACCUGAACACUGCAACCCUGAGAGAGGAGCUCUGUAAUCCAGCAAUCCUGGACUAUCUGAACACUGCAACCCUGAGAGAGGAGCUCUGUAAUCCAAUAAUCCCAGACUAUCUGAACACUGCAACCCGUGAGAGGAGUUCUGUAAUCCAUCAAUCCCGGACUAUUUGAACACUGCAACCCGUGAGAGGAGUUCUGUAAUCCAGCAAUCCCGGACUAUCUGAACACUGCAACCCUGAGAGAGGAGUUCUGUAAUCCAGCAAUCCCGGACUAUCUGAACACUGCAACCCUGAGAGAGGAGCUCUGUAAUCCAGCAAUCCUGGACUAUGUGAACACUGCAACCCUGAGAGAGGAGCUCUGUAAUUCAGCAAUCCUGGACUAUGUGAACACUGCAACCCUGAGAGAGGAGCUCUGUAAUCCAGCAAUCCCGGACUACCUGAACACUGCAACCCUGAGAGAGGAGCUCUGUAAUCUAGCAAUCCCGGACUAUCUGAACACUGCAACCCUAAGAGAGGAGCUCUGUAAUCCAGCAAUCCCGGACUAUCUGAACACUGCAACCCUAAGAGAGGAGUUCUGUAAUCCAUCAAUCCCGGACUACCUGAACACUGCAACCUUGAGAGAGGAGCUCUGUAAUCCAUCAAUCCCGGACUAUCUGAACACUGCAACCCUGAGAGAGGAGCUCUGUAAUCCAGCAAUCCCGGACUACCUGAACACUGCAACCCUGAG